UUUAAAAUGUCCAAGGGCUCAUUCCACUACUUUAUGCAGCUGCCCCCUGAACUACGCCGUCUUAUCUGGCAACACUGCCUACCGUGUCGCAUAGCAGAAUUAGACAUCCCCGCCUUUCUUCUAGACGCCGAGGAAUCCCGUCAAAGCUGCUUUCCUGAGCAUACAACGCACAAAAACACUCGGCUGCCGGUCAUCGCAUUUGUCAACAGCGAGUCUCGGCUGGUCGCCUUUGAACAGGGCCGCUAUACGCAAGGACAGGCAACAACCAGCCUAGAGUCGAUCUGGGUGCAGCCGCGUCGGGACGUGCUGCAUCUCAACUGGACGCGAAUGAGCUACGAUGUCUUAGGACCGCUUACCGAACUUACCAGUCCAAUAGGCUGGUUCUUAUGGCAGGCAUACGAGCUUGGGAUGCAGCCUUCCAUCGUGGCCGAGAUGAUUCACUAUUUUGACUUGGAAGGGCUUUUGAAUGGCACUGCUGACGAUGAUGACAAUGAAAUCAUCUGCGUGCGGUCCUCUCGUCAUGCGGGCAUGUGUGACCCUCUAGGCGAUGAAGAUGCAAGGGAUAUUGCAAGUUUCGCAGAAUUUGCACCGAGGCUCGACGUGGCCAUGGUGGCAGUUUCUCUGCAUAUCACCAGGGAAGUGGCUCUGGGGUCGGGCCUGUUUGGACUGUUAGGCGAUGCGCCCGUUCAAAUGGUUGACGUUGACGAUGAAGCUCGGUUGAGGAAAUUCCAAGCCGUCUUCAGGGAGCACGCAUUGGAAAAUGAACCGGCUGUGCAAACACUGUUUGAAUUACUUACGAGUCCUCGAUUCCGAGCGGCUGUCGAGAAAUGGAAAAGAGAAGCUGAAUGGAUCUUUCUGGCGUCAUUGUGGGACUACGCACGAAGGGGCAACCUCGACAGUCUUGGGACGAACCCGGGUUCUGCUUGGAUACCUUACCUGUCGCAGCCAGAAGAUAUCGACUUACAUCGGUAUUCGCCGGAUGAAAAUCAUCCGUGGGUCAAAGAAGCUCGACAGAGUCUGCCCAAGCUGCGACCGCGGAUUAUGGUGCGAUAUUGUACCAAUGAGUGUUAUAGAUAUCCACCACCUAAAACUUACUGGUAAAAGAAUCGAUUCGGUGCCUAUACCAAUAGAGUGAUAUCUUGUAUAUAACCAAAUAGCAUAUCAUGCUGCUCUACAUGCCUCGGCAAGGUGAUCAUGCAUACCCUGCGCCCUGAAAAUAGCCUCAACAUGGCUCCGUGACUCCUUCCCGCUAUUUUGGUUGGUGACAUAGUCUCUCACCUCCUGCUCUAUUUUGUCAAAGCCCACCCUGCCCUCGUUAUCACUGAUGGUCUGAUCCGCAUCAAUCUUCUUAUAACCCGGCACUGGUGGCCGCUCGAUGGGAUCUGUGUAUGCGGCGCUGAAACCCUUGCCCUUCAUGAACUUCGCGAACUCUGCACUGAUUCUCUGUGCCUGGUCGUAGCGUCGGGCGUCAGCAUGGGUCUUCAGCGCAGCUGUCAUUUUGUUGAAACGGUCAUCAGCAGGCUCCCUGCCAUCGGCCUUGAGCUUGGCGAUUGCCUUCAUGGCAAUAUCCUCUGCCUCGCUCAUAACAGUUUCAAAACUAUUUUUCUGCUUCCAAUCCUUGAAAAUCUUCGCAUUGUUCAUGUCGCCCUUGAAGCCAGCCUUGUCAAACUCAGUGCUGAUUACUUCGAGGUCCGCACCCUCACCAAUGAGCGCCCAGUUGACCUUGUCAAAGUCAGGGUCCUUGAUGAGAAUUGGUUGGCCCUUGGGGCCCCUGAUGAUGUUGCCGCUGGCGUCUUUCUCCGGCUUCCUGGUG